AUGUCAGACACGUCGCAGUUCGAGAUGAACAUCGCAUACGACAUUCUCUGCUCAAUUGUUGACCAUCCCACAAUGUUGAGCAUUCCUGUCCGCACAGGCAUGCAGUGGGCAGAGCUAGCGGCUGAGAUUGCACAGCAUCCCUUAGUGGUAUGGGGCAUCGGAGCUCCUUUAGACCUGUACAAGCUGCGUGCGCCAACUCCUGAGGAUGAGCUCCAGCAAGGAUUACAGAUAGGAGGCGUGGAAGAUAUCGCUGACAAAGUCAGGUCUUUCGCCGAAGUACCGCAUGACAUGACCCAGUUUCCCCGGGAUAAAGUGCAUGUCGUCGUCGUCGUGAGUCCACCGAGAAAGAUAGCCGAAGAGUUACCCCGCGUCAACCAACCGGCUCAACAACAGUCAGCACUGGUUAAACUGUUACAAGUCGUCGUCGAAAUACCCAACAAAUGGUCGAUGAAUGACGUUAUCAACAAUGGCGGUGUCUUCCUGGAUCGUAGUCAUCCGGAUUCGCAGAACAUGGUGGAGAUAGUCAACAGGUUGAAGGCGAAACGGACGUAUCAGGAAGACUAUAAUUGCCCCGCCUUUCAGAAUGUCAGAUCCCUUUCUCAUUUCUCCCAAUCGUUCAUUUCCGUCGUGGAAUCUCCCGGGACAGUGAAGGCCGACAACGAAUUCGAGACAUUCUAUCUUGUCCUCCGGCGCUUUAGCAACGAUGCGCCCCUGGUGCGAGAGGACACAUCCUCAUCCUUGAAAGCGAGCAGUUUCAAGGUGUAUUUCAUCCAUUCUCCUUUCUUCUCUGGCAGUACCCAGAGUGAUGCUUUACAGUAUAAGGAACAAUCGUGCUGGCAAUUUCCGAUGUUUGUUAUGAUGCAUGACAAACCAGGCUACAAGCGAAAGUUUCACCCGAACAGCGAUUUCAGUGUCGUCCUCCGCGGAUUCCAAUGCCCUGUUAUCCUGUCACAAGUUGUUUCACAGAAUAACGAAAUUGACCGAUAUCGCAUGUUAGUGGAAGCUAUCGUUGCUGCACGUGUGGGCAAAUAUCUCUCGAAGGCUACUUCUCAGAAGCAGUUUUUUGUGAUUGCAAUUUACCUCACAGCUUCUCUGCAAGUGAAUAGGUAUAUUGUGAGCGAAGACUCAUCACCACAGAAGAUCAAUAUCGAGCACGAAACCUUUGACCUCUGUGAUCCAAGUCGGGCAGCUGAGUUCCUCCGGGAAAUGUACAACUUGAAGUCAUUACUGGAUGAGCUUGCAGUGGAGCUUGAUGUGAAGAAAUGUGCCCAUUUGCAGGAGAUUGAGGAGGCUGCAUCGAAGAUGCUUUCCCUUCCCCGGCUGGACCACCUGCCACCAGCAGAAUCUCUGAGAACAGCGGAAGAAUAUGAUGAAUCAAUGGAGCCCAGUGAUGACAUAGGCGUAUUCAAUACCGAUGUCGUUCGUUCUGUUCUCAACCAGGCAAACUGCAAGAUCGACUUCGUCGGAUAUGGGUAUCCCCAUGUAGCUUCCGUUGUCCGAAAGGAUGCUCGUGAAACUUCGGCCGGAUUCCUCAAGUUUGUCAAAGAUGGAAAUGCAGAAGUAGAAAUCCUGCAAUAUCUCUCUCGGAUUGAUUCGCCCGCCAACCAUACCAUUCGCCCCGUUCGUGUCUGGCCUAUAGAAGGAGGCAUGAUUAUUUCAAUGCCCCUUGGAGGUGGCUGGAUCACUUACCUCGAUCUCAAUGCACAUCUUUGGGGAGCUUCGCAACAACUGUUCGAAGCUGUCGGAUUUAUGCACGAUCACGGUGUGGCACACAUGGACCUCAAACCGGGGAACAUUGUUAUCCCCCCCAUCUACGGAAGGCUGUCUAUCAUUGACUUCAGCAUUGCUGAGCGCGUCAGAGGUCCAGGAUACAAACUGAAGGGUUACGCAGGCACGAGAGGUUAUACCGCUCCCGAGGUCGGUCGAGUGGCUUAUUGCCCUAUCCGCGCAGACCUGUGGUCGUGCGGUAAAGUGAUUGAAGAGCUUUGUGAGGGUGUCAAACUAUCUUUCGCUCGUACGUGGCUACGUCAGGUCAGCACGCGCCUUAUGGACAACGAUCCAGACAAGAGGCCGAUGAUGACGGAGAUCCUUCAGGCCAUGUCGAAGGUUGGCAGUAACAGUGAGCACUAG